CUCCUACUUCUGGCCUUCUCUUUCUCGCAGCCACAACACCGAAAUAGCGUCCCAUAGCACAAUUGCACCUCCAUGCCAACAGAGCACAGCCGCACCUUCAUGACAACGAUCGACCGCCGCAAUUGUUCCACGGUUACUGUCAAGUGGCGAUGAUCACUGUAGGGGCGGUGGCACUAACCGACGGCAUUGGUCACUAGCGUUAGGUACUCCCUGACGAGCUGCGCAACUGUCAUUGGGAUGUGGUAUGGAUGUGGUAUAACUGUCAAUGACCGGGUGGUCACCGCCGGUGGGAGAGCUCCCCAAACGGCUCUAUAGCCGUUGGGAGCAUAGGAGGGGGGUCUGGGGGUUAGGGGGUGGGGUGGGGGUGGGGUAUACAAAAAAAACCUAUUUAUACUCCUAUUUUCUAUACAUUUUUUACACCUCUUCUUCUACAACUCUUCCUACUCUCUAAAUUCUCUAUUCUCUCAAUCUCUCAUAUUCAAUCAUCUUCAUUCUUCUUCUUCUCCAAAUUCUUUCUACAUAUAUAUAAUUUAUAUAAUUAUUAUAUCUACUUUUAUAUUAAUUAUCUACUUAUAAAUAUAUACUUAUACACAUUCAUAUUAUAAUCAUUUAUAUUAUUUGGGUCUUAUUGCACAUUAUAUUGAUGAUGAUUGCAAUAUGCAUAAACGUGUUCUUGCUUUUCGUGAAUUCAAUGAUCGUCACACUGCUGAUAAUAUUUAUAUUCUCAUUGAGCGUAUUUUAAUUGAGUAUAAUAUGAUUGAUAAGGUGUUUGUUGUAGGUUUUGAUAAUGCUAGUAAUAAUACUGCUGUUAUACCUAGAUUGCGUGAAUUGUGUGGUGCUUCUACAUUGAUGGGUAGGUUUUUUCAUCAACGUUGUGCAUGUCAUAUUCUAAAUUUGUGUGUACAAGAUGGUUUAGCGGCAUUAGGAAAUGCUUUGGAGGUACUGAAGGGGGGAAUUAAAUUGAUUUGGGCUAGCACUCCACUAAAAAUGCAAUGGCGGCAAUAUUUGAAGGAUAGACGUGUCAAUUAUUGUGUUUUUCCUAAAGAUUUGUCUAUCGUUGGAAUAGUACUUAUAAUUUAAUUCAAGUACUUAUUAGAUAUAAAGAGCAUUUUCCUGCUUUUUUAAGACAAACUUGUAACUAUAUUAUAAACCCGGCUGACAUCGACACUUGUGAAAAAAUUGUUAAUGUUUUGGCAUAUUUUAAUAACGCAACUCAAACUUUUAGUCAUGUUUAUAAACCUACCGCAAACGAAUUUUUUGUUGAAGCUGUUAAUCUCGCCGGCGCUUUUUGUGAAUUUUCUGAUGCCGCUUACGUUAGUUAUUUUUGUGAUUUCAUGAAACAAAAGUUUUUAAAAUAUUAUUCACAUAUUCCGCAUAUAUAUGGUAUUGCAUUUGUUCUUGAUCCUCGUUAUAAACUUGCUUACUUGGCAAAUUGUAUAGAUUACUAUUAUGCUUCUUUUUUUCCAACUCAAGAGUUCGAUGAUAAUCCCAUCGACCCUAAACAAGAAUUCAACGAGGUUAGUAAUUUAUUUCAUCAAUUGUAUAAUGAAUUUCAUGCACAAUAUGGUAAUGCACCCCCUCCCAUGCCAUGAACAUCUUCUUCAUCUAAAGGAAAAUCACUUUUAAAAUCCGCUUUUGGUUCUCUUUUGGAAAAAAGUAGAGCAACUCCCGCUACUGAACAAAGCUCAGGUAACGAGCUUUCUUUGUAUCUAACAUUGAAUGUUGAUUAUGAAGUUGGGGAUGACUUUGACGUUCUUAAGUGGUGGAAGGAAAAUGAAAGAACGUUCCCGAUUUUAUCAAAGAUGGCUAGGCAAGUGCUAGCAAUGUCGAUAUCGACUGUUGCCGUGGAACAAGAAUUUAGUGCGGCCGGCAACGUCCUAACCGAUUAUAGAACGAGGUUGAGCCCGAGCUCUCUUGAGACGCUAGUUUGCUUCCACGAUUGGUUGAAGGCCCAACGAAGAACUCAAGAAAUGACCAUCGCUCCCACCCACCACUUUAUGGAGGAAACAACCGAAGGCGGAGAUUCCGAU